ACCCGGGUCAUGGUUGAGGGAAUCCUGUUGUUCACAACAAAACGUCCGAUCGCUUUUCGUGGGUGUCCGGUGUGCCGCAGGCUUGUCGCGGUUUAGGCGUGCGGACGUGCGACAGGCAGAUUUAGUUCCGUAAACAGGUGCCAUGUCAUGUCGUUGUCGGGAAGGGCCGAAUUUCGGAUUUUAAGCGUGAGUUGUCAAGAAUGGCUGUAGUCCACAGUGAUGACAAGGACUUAGAAAGGUUGGUAGACCUGCAUGUGUAUGUGGUGCCUGGUGACGUAUGGGUGGAACAUCUACGGCUGGUCUACAACGAAGCCGUGAAAGACACAGUUUCAGCUGGUUUUGUCAGAGUAUUUCCAGAUGUAACCAUCUACAACCUUCGGGAGGAGAUAGAGGAACAGCUAGGCUAUGAUGUCAUCCCUAAAGAAUUCAUCUUCCUCAGAGGAGUGGGGAGGGCGCUCACACAGGUUAAAGGCAGACAAGAGUUCCAGUUGAAAGUCAAGAACUUCGUGCCGCCACUGGCUUCAUCACCAGAAAUCUACGUCAUUGAGGGAAGCCUGGUUCACCAAUCACCACGUGCCUUACCCGCCAUCGGUCAUCGAUACUCGGAACCUGGCACGUCCAGAUCCACCGCUUCGGACAAUCCGCUUGACCGCUCCCAGGUCUUCUCUGACCCCCCACCAGGGAGGUCACAUUCGCAACGACGAAAAGACUUUGAGCCGCUGAGAAAAAGCGACGAGUAUGAUUCCCAAAGGACGGACCACGAUAGAUUAGGGAACCAUGGUCGGAGAAGAGAUGACCAUCGGGAGGCUUUCGUCACACAAGCUGAUGCAGCAAAGCUGUUAUCGACAAAUUUGGACCAAACAGCCUUUUCGCCCGAUAACGAUGAUUCCGGCUCCUCACCGCAGAAUCUUAAGGACUCUGGUUACAACACGACUCCUCGCGAUAGCCAGGAGUACGACGAUAAAACGCCCAAACGUCCAUCUGAACGAAGCCCGGAUGGUCGAAGCCGCGUCCGAUCCCGUACCUAUCCCUCUCCUUCCCCUGAACGCACCUCCUAUCCCCAAACCCGACCCCAAUCCCGUAGUACCCCCCUUAGUGCCACCCCCCCUGCCUCUCCGUUAACCUCUAACCCCUCCCCAGGGCAGAAGGUCCAUAAGCUUGACCGGAGCCGAGCGGGCAGUCGGGCGGCGACAUACACCUCUCAGACCAACGAGGAUUCUGGGAUAGCAGAUUCAACGCCUCCAGAGGAAGACAACAGAACGUUAGACAGGAGAAAAAGAGAGGAAGAAAGGCAGAGAAGAGAGGCUGAGGAGAGAAGAAGAGAGGAAGAAGACAGGAGAGAAGAGGAAGAAAGAAGACAUAGAGAAGAGGAAGAAAGAAGACGUAGAGAAGAAGAGGAAAGAUGGAGAAGACAAAGGGAAAAGGAAGCUCAGAGUAAAAAGGGAAGAUCGAGAAGUAACUCACCUGAACACCAGGUGGCCCGAUUCCCCUCCCCACCUCCCUUAGAGCUCCCCUCCUCGCGGGACGGGGGUAAGACACAAACAUCUGAGUCACCCAAGAAGUCCACACGGAGCAAACGGAGGUCCUCCGGAGCAGGCGCAGACAGAGAAGACCUGUUGGAGGAGCUGGAGAGAAUACGGGAGGAGCGUAAGAACGCUGAGAAGAAACGAGAGGAGAUGGUGAAGAAAGCCAAGCAGCUCCAGAAUAAGACUCAACACAGGAGAAACCAAGCGCGAGACAUUUGGAAGAAGCGUUACUUCGAAGAGAAGAAGAAAACGACUCCAUUGGAAGAGAACUGUAACCGUCUGCGUGCCGAGCUGGACAUGACGCACAGAAAACUCAUGUCGAAGUUAGAGGGCGACAAAGACGGGAAACGGCGCUUCAACGUCAACACGGAUCCACCUUCCUCUAAGGUACCUCCUUCCUACAAGAACAACCAGAAGGUGCAGCUGACCAGAAUCCAGCAUGAGUUGGAUGACUUGAAGGAGAAGGUGGAGAAUGCAAAGAUGAAGCUGACUUCAGAAAUGAAGCUAAGAAAUCAAGCGGAGACGGAACUCCGCGCUCUACGGGCGGAACUGACGCAGAAAAAGAUCCACGCGGCGCUGACCCGUAACCAACAGAGCAACAUCAUGCACACCAUGGACAAGGUGCAGCCUGGGUACAUGCCUGCCAAGGUCAUGCCCCCGACGUGACACAAAGACAUGUUACUGUAAAUGUUGUAAUUUUUGUGGUCAUUUUAUAUUCACGGUUUUCAUGGAAAACUCUACCCAGCAAACUUACAUGUAAAACGUCACAACAUUAUGCUUUGUUUUUCUGCCCGUCAACCGCCUUCUUUCAACCGUGAAAACAUCAGGAACUCUCAGUUUCCUACCUACUGCAAAAUUAAAUCCUCGCAAACUUAAGUGCAUUUGCAGUACUAUGCUAGGCUAGAACACUGAACUGAGGCCAUCCAUAUGGUAUCAUAUCAAUGUAUCUUAUUUCUUUCACUUGAAGCUAUCGCAUUAACAGUGACAUUUGUAUUGAAUUAUUCUGUUGGACAAGAACAUUGGUGUAAGACCAUUAAUAGGGUAUCAUAUCAAUGUUUUGUGUUCUCUAGCUUCAUUCUAGUCCUGUAACAGCCAUUUGUGGGAAGAUUGUUGUUUUUUUGUGCCAUCUUAUUCUUGCAAUGUUCAAAGCUGAAAAAUUGUCAGUCAAGCAAAACAUGACAAAAAGGACCUUGCCACUCAGAGCAAAAUCAUGUCGCAUUGGGAGCUUUAAAACAACAACUGCAAAAACAAACAACAGACAGCCAUGUACUAUCAUAGCAUUCUUAUCUGCUAUUUCUGCCAUAUUUAAAUACUUUUUAUUUUAUUUUAUUUUCUAUGUUGUAAUAAUUCCAGUUACAUUUUACUUUGACAAAUAGUCAUCUUUCCAUACAUUAUACAGAUGUUUCUGAAUUUGAAUUUAGAGACUUUUUAGUCCAAUCUUUAAGCUAUGUAUAGUUUUAUUUUAUUUUAUGUCGUGUGCAUGGCAUUUACAAUUAGAUUUUGUACAGUGUGUAUAAAUAUACAAAUGUAUAACUUUUGACUUUUUACCUUGGUUUUGACAAAAAUUAUUGUUGCAAUUCUCAACAUCCAUUGCCAACUUGUACUUGAAUAGCUUGUAUAAGCAAGCCUAUUUAUAUUCAGUUCUUUAAAGGCUUUGCUGGUAGCAGAAAUGCAUUGAAGACUGAAGCACAUCAUUUUGAAUUUUGUACGGAUGUAUCAAUGAUGCCCCCUAGAGUCCAAAGUGUAAAUUACAGCUUAUAACUUUGGUAUUUUACAUGAUGAUUGUUGAAAAUCGUUGUCUGUAAAGGGUUUAUAGCUUUAUACAAGAAUGUUUUGCCAUGUUAUAUUAUAUUAUACAUAAGUGUGAACUUUUUUUGCGUCCAAAAUAUUUGAGAUUUUGAGAGAAAAAAGUCUGCAAGCCUAAACUACAUUUGUAUUUUGUAAUUGUACAUAAGAGUUGUAUUUGGGAGAGAAUUCUUGAUAUAACUGACUCUCUGCAUGUUCUAUAUAAAUGAAUAAACUUAUGUUUGACUCUGA